UGAACUGGCCAUUUUAUGGCAGAAAACCUUCCUCCAACAAAGUUUACUCCAUCGUAGAAGGUUCCUCCAUCAUUAAAGGCUCCUCCAUCGUGGAAUGCUCCUCCAUCGUCAAAGGCUCCUCCAUUGUGGAAGGUUCCUCCAUUGUGGAAGGCUCCUCCAUCGUGGAAGGUUCCUCCAUUGUGGAAGGCUCCUCCAUUGUAGAAGGCUCUUCCAUCGUGGAAGGUUCCUUCAUUGUGGAAGGCUCCUCCAUCGUGGAAGGCUCCUCCAUCGUGGAAGGCUCCUCCAUCGUGGAAGGUUUCUUCAUCGUUGAAGGCUCCUCCAUCGUGGAAGGCUCCUCCAUCAUUGAAGGCUCCUCCAUCAUUGAAGGCUCCUCCAUCGUGGAAGGUUCCUUCAUCGUGGAAGGUUUCUUCAUCGUGGAAGGUUCCUUCAUCAUGGAAGGCUCCUCCAUCGUGGAAGGCUCCUCCAUCAUGGAAGGCUCCUCCAUCGUUGAAGGUUUCUUCAUCGUGGAAGGCUCCUCCAUCGUGGAAGGCUCCUCCAUCGUGGAAGGUUUCUUCAUCGUGGAAGGCUCCUCCAUCGUGGAAGGUUCCUUCAUCGUGGAAGGCUCCUCCAUCGUUGAAGGCUCCUCCAUCGUGGAAGGUUCCUUCAUCGUGGAAGGCUCCUCCAUCGUGGAAGGUUCCUUCAUCGUGGAAGGCUCCUUCAUCGUGGAAGGCUCCUCCAUCGUGGAAGGCUCCUCCAUCGUUGAAGGCUCCUCCAUCGUGGAAGGUUCCUUCAUCGUAGAAGGCUCCUCCAUCGUGGAAGGCUCCUCCAUCGUUGAAGGCUCCUCCAUCGUGGAAGGCUCCUCCAUCGUUGAAGGCUCCUCCAUCGUGGAAGGUUCCUUCAUCGUGGAAGGUUCCUUCAUCGUGGAAGGUUCCUUCAUCAUGGAAGGCUCCUCCAUCGUGGAAGGUUCCUCCAUCGUGGAAGGCUCCUUCAUCGUGGAAGGUUCCUUCAUCGUGGAAGGUUCCUCCAUCGUGGAAGGCUCCUCCAUUGUGGAAGGCUCCUCCAUCCUGGAAGGUUCCUUCAUCGUGGAAGGUUCCUCCAUCGUGGAAGGCUCCUCCAUCGUGGAAGGCUCCUCCAUUCUGGAAGGUUCCUUCAUCGUGGAAGGUUCUUCCAUCGUGGAAGGCUCCUCCAUUCUGGAAGGUUCCUUCAUCUUGGAAGGCUCCUUCAUCAUGGAAUGUUCUAAGCUCUCUGGACUGAAACCAUAAGACUGUCCUGGGUUUGCUCCAGGGUGUCAGACUGGGUUUAAUGGGACUGGACCUGUGCUCAUGCUGCAUUCAUGUCCUGAUGGAAAUAUGACUUUAGUGACUGAUGCUUCGUCAGUCCAUCGCUGGGGUUCAGGGGACAGUGGUUCUGAAACAUGGAGUAGUUUAAAAAAGUGGAUCAUGGUUUACCUCCAAGGUUUUAACGUCUUUUACAUCACAUACUUGCGCCAGUGGAGCCGAAUUAGUAGGUUUUAUACUGUCAUCUCUUCAUUAAUCUGGAUUCUCACCAAAUUCAGAUUCACACUUCAUCCAGGACCUAAGGACCUGAGGUUGAUUAAAAUCUGGAUCAGACAAACAGAAACAUCUGUUUGGUUAUUUUCUCCAUAUAUGAUUUGAUUUGACAUGAAACUGCAUCAGGAAAUCAACAGUGAGGCAGCUUAGAGCUGAAAGUACAGAGCGUCUGUUACGUGUUACACCUCCCUCUGCCAGAUGGGGGCACUGCUGCAGAAGGAGAACAUGUUGAACCUCUUGGUUUGGUUGCUACUCUGAAGUUCCUCCAUUAAAGUUGUUCCUGUUAGGUGAUAAAACCGAGAACUGAAAAAGUCUGAACAGGACAGGAAAAAAAAGAAUAAUUAAAUAAACUAAAUCCUGAAAAGCUGAGGAAUGAAAUAAAUGAUCAACUGUGGAACAAACAUUUUUCAUAAAAAUGAUCCCAUUCAUUCAUUUAAAACUUUAAAACGUUUUUUUUGUAUGUGUUUUAAAAUUACCCAGAAUCCUUCAGUCUGGAGGUGCUGGUAGCUAUGUAAACUCACACAAUGUAAAGCGCUUUGGGUGCCUUGAAAAGCGCUAUAUAAAUCUAAUCCAUUAUUAUUAUUAUUAUUAUAAACUCGUUCUAUUUUCUUCUGCUUUUUAAUUUAAAGUGUUCAGAUUAAUAAUAGUCGUCUGUCAGCCGUUGAUGGUGUAAUCUGAAGCAACUGGCUCCUCCUAAUCUUUCUUCCCAGGGGACAUGAAUGCAGCAUGGUCACAUGACCUGGGUCACAUGACCUGUAGUUCCUGGAUGAACUAACUGUGAACUUUCUGCUGUGAUUAAGCAGAGUAAAGUUUUUACAAGCCUCCUUCAGAUGGAGAAGGUGUUUUAUAAAUUCAGAUUAAUAUAUUGAUUUGUGGUGUUUAUUUAAACUUGGUGAUUAUUUCAUGAUGAUUUUUUGUGUUUGCUUUAUUUUCUGCAGCUGGUCGUCCAGAAACUUUCCGCCAUAGCUUCUCAUAGUUGUUGAUUUAAAGACGUUUGUUUUUUGAGACCAAACUUGUAAAUUUCUUUGUUUUUCUCAACCGUGCCUUUGAUGUUGCAUCAGACUAAAUUCAGUCCAUUCAAGCUGUUUUAUGUGUAAAUGCUGUUUAUUUACCAUGAAGUUGGGAUCAAUGCAGGAAACAUUCUCCUGAUUAUCUGUGUGUAAAUCUGCCUCUAAGGGCUCUGAUUCUUCCUGCGAAGAAUGUCUUUCAGCACGAACCAUGAACUGAACCUUGAGCUCUACCUGAACCGGACCAGAACCGGACCUGAACCAGACCUCUGGGCUCAGAUUGUGACAAGCCAUUCCUCCAGAGGUGCCACGUUUGCUGUUUUUAGCUGUUUUGAUAAGAUUUGAAAUAUUUUUAGAGUGACGAUCUUCUAUUGUAGCCACGAAGCAGAAACCCGCUCAGACCUGCAAAGUGCAAACAUUCAGAUUUAUUCAGAUUUCUGAAUGUGUCAUCGGGAUGGAGGCGAAGCACAAGCAGCCAUGAAAUCAUCUUAAUCGUCGUUAGAUAUGACGAGGAAAACAGCAGACAGAAGAGACUGGAACAGACUUCCUGUUAACAACCAAAACAUUCACUGACAACAGACAAAAAAAUCUUUAGAUUUCUUCUAACUGGAUCAGGUUUCUUUAUGAUGAUGAUGAUGAUUUACUGCUCCUGUCUUUGAUCUGCUGACACGGAUCAGAAUGUUUCUGUAAAGUCUCUUGUAUUUAGUUUCUUUCCUGAUCAUGAAACUGUUUGAUCUGAGAAUAAAUGCUGACGGAGUUCAGAGUAAAGAGCUUUUAAUAAACAGACGUGUCCUUCAUUAACCAGCAUGGCGGCAGCAGGAUGAUGGUCACAUCAAAUCAGUUUUACCCAGAAGAUCUGAGUGGGAAUGAUGGAAAUAAAGUUUUGUGGAUUUAA